CUGUUCUUUACUGUUUCUGUUUCAGCCACCGUUUCCAUUUUUGUUCGUCGGGCCUUCCCGGUUUUUCGAACGGUCCGCAUCUCCGUAUCUUCCUCAACAAUUGCGACCGAACUGAGCGCAACUCAAUAUGAGCGACUGUCUACUGAGACUCUAGAUAAUUUUGCAGAAGUGUUUGAAAUGAUUGGUGAACAGUAUGAUUUGGGAAGUGUGUACGAUGUUCAUCAUGAUUAUGGUGUGCUCAAAGUUGAAUUUGGCCCCGCUGUGGGAACUUACAUCCUCAAUCGACAAGCACCGAAUAAACAGUUGUGGUUAUCUUCACCUCUUAGUGGUCCAAAGCGAUACGACUUUCUGGCCAGCAAAGGAGAGUGGAUCUAUAAGCAUGAUGGAACCGCAUUACACAAUCUGUUGCAUCAGGAAAUAUCAAACAUUGUUGGACAUCCCAUUGAAUUUCCCAAAAAGUGA